AUCAGUCAAUUAAAGUGGGAAAAAAAAACACGCACAUAACAAAGAGAAGAAAAGAAUCCCUAAAUCGGCGCUCGGCUCCUCCUUUCCGUGCCUCGGCCGAUCCGCCGGAACCGCGUCGUCCGCCCCGUCCGGUCGCCGCCUCUUCCCCGCCUCCCUUCUCGGCGUCCGCAUCCGCGUCUGCGUCCUCCUCUUCCUCGUGCCCCAUGUCUGCGCUUUUCAACUUCCACUCGUUCGUGACGGUGGUGCUGUUGCUGAUCUGCACCUGUACCUACCUCAAGAUGCACUUCCCCUCCCUCCUCAUCCGCCGGACAGGGUUCCGUGGUUUCUUUUGGAAGGCUGCUAGGAUAGGUGAACGCCUUAGCCCCUGGGUAGCCAUUGGGUGCUCUGUGAUGGGCAUAUCAAUUUUGUUUUGGUGAGAUUAGAAGAUUUCUGUGGCCUUCUUUGCUGAUGAUUACUCCAUUGUACGUAGCAAGAACCUAGUGGCCUUUUACGGUAACUUGCUUCUCUCAUAAGCAUGUAAGAAACUGCACACUCAAUAGCUCGUUUAUUACAUUUCAGAAGAGAAGUAUUCAGAAUUUUGCAGUUACAGUCUGAUUCUUUGAGAUGUCACAUGCUUGUAAUCUUGUAGCUGUGGUGUAUUACUGUGCUAUAUGUUAUGCAUUUGACUAUUGAGCACCAUCAUGUUAUUGUUGUUGUAUUGUAUUGUCAGCGUGCUAACAAAUGUGGCUUGGAUAUGUUA